AUGGCGAAGAGUAAGGAUGAUAUAAAGUAUGGGACUGCACAGGCAAAGCUUUCUGAAGAUGAAUCUCUAAGGGUGAGAUACAAGCAUGGCACUCCACUUGAAGGAGGAAAAAUUGCAGAUUCUGAGACUGUUGAUCUCUUUUCAAGUGCUCAUAAUAUUCCCAAUACUGCCUCCAAAUCCAAUCCCUCAGAUUCCACCACUCAAUCUCAUAAUAAAAGUGCUGAAGGAAAUGCCCCCACCGGUUGAGAUAGAUUUCAGACUGCUUUUUGUUUUAUGUACUAGGAGAAGUAGUUUUCAAAAGCAAGAAGUUGUAAUCCUCUUGGACAUGUGCCAAAGUAGGCAUAAAUAAGAAUAUAUCUAUAGCACACAUCAUACUCUAUGAUGCUAAAUAAACUUCAACGCUCUCAAAACGGUGUAGGAUUUCUUGGUUUCAUGGAUUCUUGGGAAUUUUUAAUGUGCGAUUGUUAUGAAAGCUAAAGAGCCAAUCUUGCACGAUAAAGAGAAGUCUACUGAAGGAGUCUGAGAACGAAUUUGGAC